AUGGGAGUAUACGUUGAUAGGUUAAGUUCUUUGCCAGAACCUCUACUUUCGGCUAUCGUCUCCUCUUUAUCAUUUCAAGAAGCGGUAAGAACUUCUAUUCUUUCAAAAAAUUGGGUGAAUAUUUGCAAAUCAACAACGAACAUUGAGUUCAAUGAACUCAAAUUUGUUCGAUUUGAUCAAUCUCCAGAAAACAUCGAUGCUCAAAGGCGAGCCUUUUCGGCUUUCACAAAAAAAUGGAUUGAAAAUCGUACAGAAGAUGCCGUGGUCAAUUUCUCUUUGAGAAUUUCUAAGCCCGAAUUGUUUAACCAACUUAUCAAUCGAUGUAUUGAGUUCGCUAUAAGAAAUGGAGUAAAGAAUUUGGAGCUUGAUUUCACAUAUCCAUCAUGGGUGAAAGAUGGUUUUUACUAUGAUGUCUACAUAACUUCAUUUGAUUUGCCAACUUGCAUUUAUGACUACGGUAGAAUAGAAUAUUUGAAACUAUAUUCAUGCAAUUUUAUCACAAGUGCCAUCACAAAGUUUCAUUCACUAAAAGAAAUUUCUUUGGGUUAUAUGAAAUUGAGCUUGUGUACUAUUAAGACACUUUUAUCUAAUUGUGAAAAGUUGGAGAGUAUAAGUCUCUCUAAUUGCUGGAGUUCAGAUAAUUUUAAUUUGAAUGAAAAAUAUCCGAAGCUGAAAAAAUUGAUUAUCAACCAGUGUCAUUUUAAGCUUGAUAUUUUAAGAGUUAAUGCUCCAAAUUUGAGGAUUUUCAGUUAUCAUGGAUUAAUGAUGAAUUAUGUAGCUGAUAUUCAAUCACCUAGAUUGCAUGAAGCUAAUCUUGAUUUUUCACCUGAAUAUGGAUCUCAAGGACAUGGUACUCAUCUUUACAAUCUCAUGAAAGAAUUUAUUUCCGUAAGAAUUAUGGUUGUUUGCAGUUUCAUGCUUCAGGUUAUUUACACCGGAGGAAGACCAAAACGUACACAUCGUAAAAUGGAUGUGAGACAUUUGAUAAUGAAGACUGCUUUGCAUAAGUAUGAAUUUAUGGGAAUUACAUUCAUGUUGAGAAGUUGUUGUUAUCUGGAACAUCUUACAAUUGACCUUUGUGAAGAAAAAUAUUUGUUGGAUUAUGAAGCCAUGGAAGAAGUUAACCCAGAGACAUUUUGGAUUGAUAUUAAAAAACCUUACAAAUGUAUGAGAUUAUCUCUAAAGGAAAUCGAGAUUAUGGGGUUUAAAGGAACUGAAAAUGAGAUUAGUGUAGUUAGUUACUUAAUCACCAAUGGAAAAGCUUUGAGAAAGAUGAGUAUCAAAGUACAUAGAUAUGACUUGGAAGAGGAGGCUGCACGGAAGGUCGCUGUCUGCCGCAAAGCAGUGCAAUAUUUAAUGAUGCUUCCAACUCUUUCAUCUCAUUUGGAGAUGAGAGUUUAUUGGUGA